CUCAUAUCCAACUACACUUACAAAUUUAACUAUAUAUACAAGCUCUGCUCUUCUCCCUAAUCAUCACCACCCACGAACAAAAUAACAUUUAUCCUCAAACUUUUGCAUAACAACACAAUACAACAAUGGUGGCAACUGAAGUAGGUGGCGGCGGAUUCAGAGAUAUGAGAAGUUUCGCCUUCCGUUUAAUCACUGGCCGAUGGUUCAUGGUGUUUGCCUCUCUUCUAAUCAUGGCUGUCGCCGGUGCUACUUACAUGUUUAGUCUUUACUCUGGUGAUGUCAAAACAUCUUUAGGCUAUGAUCAAACUACGCUCAAUUUGUUGAGCUUCUUUAAAGACUUGGGUGGCAAUGUUGGAGUCCUGUCAGGGCUUAUCAAUGAAGUAACGCCACCAUGGGUGGUUCUAUCCAUCGGGGCUGUCAUGAAUUUCUUCGGGUAUUUCAUGAUAUGGCUCGCCGUCACCGGCCGCAUUGCGAAGCCAAAACUGUGGCAGAUGUGUCUUUACAUAUGCAUCGGUGCAAAUUCUCAAUCUUUUGCCAACACUGGAGCUUUAGUUACUUGUGUGAAAAAUUUCCCAGAAAGCCGAGGCAGUCUUUUGGGCCUUUUGAAAGGUUUUGUUGGUCUCAGUGGUGCCAUUCUGACUCAGUUAUACCAUGCUCUCUAUGGAGACAAUUCAAAGGCUCUUAUUUUGCUCAUUGCGUGGCUUCCUGCUGCUGUUUCCUUCGUUUUUCUUCGAACAAUUCGGAUCAUGAAGAUCGUUCGCCAGGCGAACGAGCUGAAAAUUUUCUACAAGAUGCUCUAUAUUUCUCUUGCUCUUGCUGGGUUUCUCAUGGUUAUAAUCAUAUUUCAAAACAAAUUCAAUUUUACCAGGCUUGAGUAUGCCGUUGCUGCCUCACUUGUUGUUUUAUUACUCUUCCUUCCUUUAGUGAUUGUUGUCCCGGAAGAAUUUGCUCUCUGGAAAAGCAAAUUACAAGCCCUGCAUAAUCUUUCUCAGCUGAAAGUAGUGACUGAAAAUCCACCAAAUCCACCACCUGCUGUUGAAUUACCACCAGUACAAGCACCAUCCACCGCGGAGUCUCUUCCCCAAUCCGCCGAUGUUCCGGCAAGUUCAGAGGAAAAGUCAGUUUCUUGCACGGAGAACAUCUUCAAGCCACCAAACAGAGGCGAAGACUACACCAUUUUGCAGGCACUUUUCAGCAUUGACAUGCUGAUUCUUUUCGUUGCUACAACCUGUGGAGUGGGCGGGACCUUAACGGCCAUCGAUAAUUUGGGCCAAAUUGGCGCUUCAUUAGGCUAUCCAGUUCGUAGCACCACCACAUUUGUUUCAUUAGUAAGCAUAUGGAAUUAUCUCGGACGAGUUGUAGCCGGUUUCGCCUCUGAAAUCUUGUUAACCAAAUACAAGAUCCCUCGUCCAUUAUUGCUCACAUUUGUGCUUCUCUUCUCCUGCAUCGGCCAUCUUUUAAUCGCCUUUGGUGUUCCAAAUUCACUCUAUGUUGCCUCUGUCAUAAUCGGGUUCAGCUUCGGAGCACAAUGGCCAUUGAUGUUUGCUAUAAUAUCAGAAAUUUUCGGCCUCAAGUACUACUCAACAUUGUACAAUUUCGGAGCCGUAGCCAGCCCGGUUGGUUCAUAUAUUCUUAAUGUCAAGGUAGCCGGUCAUUUGUAUGAUAAAGAAGCCUCGAAGCAAAUGGCGGCCUUGGGUAUAACAAGACAGGAUGGACAAGAUUUGGCUUGCACAGGAGUGGAGUGUUACAAAAUGGCCUUCAUUAUAAUCACUGCGGCCACCUUGUUUGGGUGCCUUAUUUCGGCCAUUUUGGUUCUGAGAACCAAGAAAUUUUAUCAGGGCGAUAUCUACAAGAAGUUUAGAGAGCAAGCCAAAGCUGCCGAGACUGAUAUGGCCACCAAUGGAAAUGGUGUUAUACCAUUGAAAGAUGUUGAUGAAUCAAAAACCACCAAAGCCACCACUGAGGCCACCGCGAUGACCACCGGCCCUGACUAGAAUCAGUUCAAAUUAACUGAUGGCUAGAUUAUGCAUAAUUAACUAACUUUUGACUCUGACCUUAAUUACCAGGGUCUCCCUUGUAUUAUAAAUUAUGCUAUUUUUAUUUCUUUUUGCCUUU